GUGGGAACAGACAGGACCACAAUGGGCUAUUGACAACAUCCUUAUAGGCGGAAAAGAAAUCAAUCCUAGCCUUAUGCAGGUUUCUUUUGAUGAGGCUAUCCAAAGUGAUGCCCCUUGGGAAUUUAAUUCGUUUGGAGAAAUUAAAGACAACAUGUGUACAAAAGGUGACAGUUCUAUCGUGUGGGAGGAGGGCAAAGGAAAUAGAAGUUUCACAACCAGUCAACUCAUUGUUCAGGAGAGUUUCAUGCUCCAAUUCAAGAUUUCAGUGGGAUGUGAUGACAUUUACGAUUCCUGUGAAGAUUAUGCUCCCUUACGUUUGGAAUACAAUAAGGAUCCACGAAGUGACCAGUGGGAUCUGGUGCGUCCACUCUGUCUCCCAGAUCAUGCUCUACUGUCAGAGUGUGAACCCAGGCACUAUCACUCGGCGUCCGUCUAUACUCAUGAUGCGUAUCAUUCGUGGACUCUUGUGACCAUUCCACUGACUGAGAAAACAUUUUCCAGUUCAACUCGCUUCCGAUGGAUCCAGGAUGCCAUAUCUAAAGUCGGAACAUCUUGGGCACUUGACGAUAUCUAUGUAGGAGAGAAAUGCCCAGAUUUAUGUCAUUCCAGGGGAAUUUGUGUUAAUGGAAAAUGCUUCUGUGAAAGGGGAUACUUUGGAAAAUCUUGUCUUCCUCGCCCAGAUAGUUUGAUAAGCACGUUGUAUGACUCCUUUGAGGGAGGUAUUUUCUCAUUUUAUUGGGAAUCCAUCACCGGAGGUGGAAUAGGUUUCGGCUGUGGAGCCCUACGUCCAUUUGCUCAUGGCAAAACAUUGUACUUUAACGGAUGUGGUCAACGAGAGGCAAAAACUGUAGAGAUGGAUCUGAGAAAAGCUAGAAAAAUCAUGUUUGUUCUACAAAUCGGAUGUCCUGCUCAGACAGCAAGUUGUAACAUUCAGUCUGGAAGAAAUGGCUCAUACAGUGGAGUUUUACUACAAUACACUCUUAAUAGGGGAGCGGAAUGGAAGUUAUUAUCUCGUCAUGAUGCUGAAGAAUAUUUAUUGCCUAAAAGAGCAGCCUACGAUAUACCAGAUGACGCUAAACAGGAAGGGGUACAGUUCAGGUGGUGGCAACCAGUCCAUCGUAACAAAGGUUACGAUCAGUGGGCCAUUGACAAAGUUGAGGUCAUCAAGGACCACAGAGCGCAUAAUAUGAGAUUUAGAUCCAGAUUGAGUGGUGAUACAACAUAACAAGGAUUAAGACUUUAUAUCAAUUUUUGAUUGCAUUUAUUGUUUUGUCAUUCGGUAAUGUAUUUGUAUAUAUAAUUUAUUUAAGGUUAAUGGACUAUUCAUCAACUCUAAAAUGUAAUGCUGUGCUUUUUUUUCUUGAAUUUAUCAUUGUGUAAGACUUCAAUAACAGGUGUUAUGGUGAGUUUUAAAGGAGCCAAAAUAAUAUGUAUUUUUGGGGUUACAAAAUUUUUGAAGCACACACGAUAAAAGAUAAAAAAAAAGAAAUACGGAAUUAAUAGAAAUCUGUAAGCUUUACAGAACAGGCUAAUAGCAUCUUAUUACGUUUCAUUAUAUCCAAGAAACGAAAUGUAAUGUUUAUGUUAACAUUUAUUUUAACGUGAAUUGACAUAAAUUGACAAAUUCAUGAAUUCCUUUUAUACAAAGGCUAAACAUUUGUAUGUAAAACAGGUGAUUAUAA